GUCCCGCUGGGAAAUGGAGUCCCCGCCUCGGGGGGCCAUGAGGAGCCGACCCGGCCGCGCCAUCGACCCGCGGCUCAAGCAGCGCGUCAAGCAGUAUCUUGCAAGCAGUAAAUGUGGGCAGUAUGUUGACAUUGGAGUCCUAGCAUCUGAUUUGCAGAAAACCUACAGUGCAGAAUAUGGACGAAGAAAAAGAAAUGCCUUUAGAAUACAAGUUGCAAAAGUGUUUGGAAUAAUCAGUAAUGAAAAACAACGUGAGGAUUUAGCAGUUUUAGAAGCUGAACAUGUGGCAAAAAGAGCAAGACAAGAGAAAAAUGAGACUACUGGAAGUACCACAGAUGACUCUGAUUAUGAUGAUUAUCCAGAAGAUCUAUCUACAAAUCACAUGAACAGUUCCCUGCUGAGCUUAUAUAAGAAAGGAAAUCCCGAUUCUGUUCCAACCACUCCAAAGACUGACCCAGGGGAAACCCCUCCUCCUGCGCGACCUGCACCUCAAACAAGCACCGUGUCACCAGGAGCAAGAAGUGAAACACGGAUCUCUGAUGGUGGCUGGUUCAUUGAUAAAACUCCAUGUGGUAAAGACUUUUUCAUUGACCUUUCUGAGGAUGGAGAAGGAGAUGAAAAGAAACUGAUUUCUGAGAAAUCAGCAGAAUAUUCUCUCUUGGAGAGUGAAAGAAAGAAGACAAAGGGCAAGAGAACAAAAAGAAAAAAGGAAGAAUUUCCAGAUGUAGAUGGAGAAAUUGAAUCCAUGUUACUUAAGAAAGUGAGAAGUAAGGGACCAGAGCUUUAUUGCCCUUCAGUGACAUUUGAGGAUGUAGGAGGCAACGAUGAAACUUUAAAGGAAAUCUGCAAGAUGCUCAUUCACAUCCGUCAUCCCGAAGUCUAUAACCACUUAGGCGUGGUCCCACCUCGCGGCUUUCUUUUACAUGGGCCACCAGGUUGUGGGAAAACGUUACUUGCACAGGCAAUUGCUGGGGAACUCGAGCUCCCAAUGUUGAAAGUGGCUGCGACAGAGAUUGUGUCUGGAGUGUCAGGGGAAUCUGAGCAGAAACUGAGAGAAUUGUUUGAGCAGGCUGUGUCGAGUGCACCGUGUGUCCUUUUCAUUGACGAGAUUGAUGCAAUCACCCCAAAAAGAGAAGUUGCAUCCAAGGACAUGGAGCGCAGGAUUGUUGCUCAGUUCCUGACUUGUAUGGACGACUUGAAUAAUGUGGCUGCCACUACCCAGGUCCUUGUUAUCGGAGCAACAAACAGACCUGACUCCCUGGACCCUGCGCUGAGGAGAGCUGGGAGAUUUGAUCGAGAAAUUUGUUUAGGGAUCCCAGAUGAAGGGGCAAGAGAAAAAAUUCUUCAGACUUUGUGUCGAAAACUUAAGCUCCCCGAGUCCUUUGAAUUCCGUCACUUGGCACGGCUGACUCCGGGUUAUGUGGGAGCCGAUCUGAUGGCGCUGUGCCGAGAGGCAGCGAUGUGCACAGUGAACAGGGUCCUGAUCAAAUCUGAGGAACAGAGAAGGAAACACGCACAGGCUGGAGGAAACACAGCUGAAGAAAGCAUGGGAAUGGGAGCAGACAUCCUGGCGGAAGAGGGCACCAAACAACUAGAACUUCCUCCUAAGGAUGAAUUGCAGAGACUUUUGGAUUUGCUGAAGAAGCAAGACCCCUUGCCUGAGGAGCAGCUGCAGAAGCUGUGCAUUGAGAUGAAUGAUUUUAUUGUUGCACUGUCAUCAGUGCAGCCCUCUGCCAAGAGAGAAGGCUUUGUCACAAUCCCUGAUGUGACAUGGGCAGAUAUUGGAGCCCUGGAGGAUGUUCGGGAGGAGCUGACUAUGGCAAUAUUGGCGCCUGUGCGAAACCCAGAGCAGUUUAAAGCUCUGGGCCUGACUACUCCAGCUGGUGUCCUGCUGGCAGGGCCUCCAGGAUGUGGCAAAACACUGUUAGCUAAGGCCGUGGCCAAUGAGUCUGGACUGAACUUCAUAUCUGUGAAAGGUCCUGAGCUGCUAAAUAUGUAUGUUGGUGAAAGUGAACGUGCUGUACGUCAGGUAUUCCAGCGUGCCAGGAAUUCAGCCCCUUGUGUUAUAUUUUUUGAUGAAGUUGAUGCUUUGUGCCCUCGGAGGUCUGACCGUGAAUCAGGAGCCAGUGUCCGAGUAGUUAACCAGCUGCUCACCGAGAUGGAUGGUCUGGAGAAUCGUCAGCAGGUUUUCAUUAUGGCUGCCACAAACAGGCCAGAUAUAAUUGACCCAGCAAUCCUGCGUCCUGGUAGACUGGAUAAAACACUCUAUGUGGGUUUGCCACCACCUGAAGAUCGACUGGCUAUUUUAAAGACCAUCACCAAAGAUGGCACCCGGCCUCCACUAGGUAGUGAUGUAAGCCUUGAAGAAAUUGCCUACAGUCAACAUUGUGAUUGUUACACAGGGGCAGACCUUUCUGCUCUUGUGCGCGAGGCUUCAAUUUGUGCCUUGAGAGAGGAAAUGGCCCUGCAGAAUAAUCAAAGCAAGAAAGGAGAAAUCAAGAUUUCCCAUAAACACUUUGAAGAAGCUUUUAGGAAAGUGAAAUCUUCAGUAUCCAAAAAGGAUCAAAUAAUGUAUGAAGAACUGCAUCAGUCACUGUGCAGGUGAUACAUCUGGACAAUUCCCAAGAGACUUAUUCUGCACUGGCGGAGAGUUUUGUAAUGCCCACGCCUGGUUUCAAGAGACAAGUUGGAAAGAAGCUGUACUGUCUCAACUUUUAUACUGCACCUGAAGAUCAUCAUAACCUACUGCUCUAAACCAUCCUUAAUUUAACUGUCUCCGGAAUAAAAGAUAUAAUACACAUCUCCUGCUUAUAACCAUUUACAUUUUUAAAAUGAAUGCUUUUAGUGCUAAAAAGCUAAUGCCAUUCUGAUAUAUUUAGUGCCCUGGAAUCUCUGAGGCAGAGGCUAAUUCUUCCAAGUGUUUGCACUGCUCCAAUAGCUGUUUCCCACCAUCAAUGAAAAUUGCUGUGUUUUCCAGAACAAGGACUCUGAAAUAAUCACUGGGAGGACAGAGCUGUGAAAGUAGAGUGGGAAAGUGCUGCAGUGCAUGUUGUCAUACCAAUAAUCCUGCCUUUUCCAACGACAGUGAUAUGUUAUGAUUGUGCCAGCACAGGUUCUCAGAGCUCCUAACAGCUUCCCUCUGCCUUAUCAAAAGAAACUAUCCACAGAUGGCAGCCUGUCUCAGAGUUACCUUGGAGAGUGUAAACUUUGGAAAUCAGAGAAGUGCUGUGAUUUAACCUAAGAAACAUUUGAAACAGUUAAGAGUUAUUUAACAGUGUGGUUGUUAAUUAUUUCUCUUAGGCAAAUCUGCAACAGCAAAAAAAUUCUGUUACAGAUUUGAAUUUGUUAAGUGUUUGGGUAUCCUCUAGAGGAAGGAAAAUGAUACUGUUUUAAAAAGCAGGCCAAGAGCCUCAAUCUUUUUUUUUAUUAUUAUUUUUUGAAUACAAGAAAUUCUGUCUUGGAA